AUUGAUCUGCCUUUUUCAGGCAGACCUAGGUACCAACAAGAGGGGUUUCUUUUGUGCUUCGGUAGCCAAGCCUUCCACAAAAUGGAUUCCCAGAGAGAACUUACUGAAGAACUUCGACUUUAUCAAUCCACUCUUCUUCAAGAUGGCCUUAGGGAGCUUUUGGAAGAGAAAAAGUUUGUUGACUGUUCCCUAAAGGCAGGGGAUAAAAGUCUGCCAUGCCACAGACUGAUCUUGUCAGCCUGUAGUCCUUAUUUCCGUGAGUACUUCUUAUCUGAGCAAAGUGAAGAUAAAAAGAAAGAAGUAGUGCUAGAUAAUGUUGACCCUACCAUCCUUGAUAUGAUUGUUAAGUACCUUUAUUCUGCAACGAUCGACCUUAAUGAUUCUAACGUGCAAGAUAUUUUUGCUUUGGCAAGCCGCUUUCAAAUUCCAUCUAUUUUUACUGUGUGUGUUUCUUAUCUUCAGAAGAGACUCGCUGUUGGCAAUUGCUUGGCCAUCCUUAGAUUAGGUCUCCUCCUUGACUGCCCAAGACUUGCAUUGUCUGCCCGUGAUUUUGUUUCUGACCACUUUGUGAAAAUUUGCAAAGAAGAGGACUUCAUGCAACUCGCUCCUCAUGAACUCAUCUCAGUUAUUUCACCAGACAGUUUGAAUGUUGAAAAGGAGGAAGUUGUCUUUGAAGCUGUCAUGAGAUGGGUCAAGUCAGAUAAAGAGAACCGGGUGAAGAGUCUUGGAGAAGUGUUUGACUGUAUCCGUUUUCGCCUGAUAGAGGAGAAGUAUUUCAAGGAGCACGUUGAGAAGAAUGACAUAAUUAAAAGCAACCCAGACCUUUCAAAAAAAAUUAAAGUUAUUAAAGAUGCCUUUGCUGGGAAAUUGCCUGAACCUACGAAAGCCGCUGGGAAGUCAGCCAAAGGAGAGGUUAAUGGAGAUGUAGGGGAUGAAAAUUUACUCCCCGGUUACCUAAAUGAUGUUCCAAGGCAUGGGAUGUUUGUUAAAGAUCUCAUUCUUUUGAUCAAUGACACUGCUUCUGUAGCUUAUGAUCCUACAGAAAAUGAAUGUUACUUAGCAGCACUGUCAGAACAGAUUCCCAGAAAUCAUUCCAGCAUAGUCACGAAACAAAAGCAAGUCUAUGUGGUCGGAGGACUGUAUGUGGAUGAAGAGAACAAGGAACGGCCUUUCCAGUCGUAUUUUUUUCAGCUGGACACCAUCGCAUCUGAAUGGAUUGGCCUUCCUCCCCUGCCAUCUGCCAGAUGCCUGUUUGGACUGGGAGAAUCAGAGAACAAAAUCUAUGUAAUCGCAGGCAAGGAUCUCCAGACUGAGGAGUCUCUUGAUUCGGUAUUGUGUUACGAUCCUGUAGCAAUCAAAUGGAAUGAGGUCAAAAAGCUCCCGAUCAAAGUAUAUGGCCAUGCUACAACUUCACAUAAUGGAGCUAUAUAUUGCCUUGGAGGAAAGACAGAUGAUAAAAAAUGCACAAACAGAGUAUUCGUAUAUAAUUCCAAGAGGGGAGAUUGGCGCGAUCUUCCUCCCAUGAAAGUGGCUCGCUCCAUGUUUGGUAUUGCCAUCCAUAAAGGAAAAAUUGUGAUUGCCGGGGGUGUUACUGAGGAAGGCCUCUCAGCUUCUGUCGAAGCCUUUGAUCUCACCACGAACAAAUGGGAAGUUAUGCCGGAAUUCCCCCAGGAGAGAAGUUCCAUUAGUUUAGUCGAACUGUCUGGAUCCUUGUAUGCUAUUGGGGGUUUUGCAAUGAUUCAGCUUGAAUCAAAGGAAUUUGCUCCUAACGAGGUUAAUGACAUCUGGAAGUAUGACGAUGAGAAGAAAGAGUGGUGCGGCAUGUUGAAAGAAAUCCGCUACGCCUCCGGAGCCUCUUGCCUUUCUAUUGGCCUAAAUCUGUUUAAGCUAUCAAAGCUGUAAGCUAGAUGGAUACUUGACUGCAGAUGAGGAAUUUUUUUUUAAUAGUCUCUGGUUUUGUUGUGUAAGCCUAUCUUGGACAGAGAUUGGUAACCACGGUGAAGUAUAUUGUCUUAAAUGUCUAUUAACUCCUGUAAGUAUUAAAUCCUCCCAGCAUUUACUAACCAUCUGAUGGUGAAUACGUUUGGCUAUAUACAGUGAAUAAAGCUGAAUUUAACAAAAA